UAGUUUAUGCAACAAAACAAAGUGUAGCUUUGACCAACAACCAAAAAAAACGGCAAAAGGUCCUGGCCCCAGAGACAUAGAGGUUGAUAUUGAGACUUGAGAGGCAUACGUUCGAUAGAUAUGGAGUCAUGGGUCAAUUCUCAUUAUUGGAGUUAAACUCAAAUGUCAAAAGUUGGGUUGACUUUUUCGUUGACUUGUAUAGUGUAUAUUCACAUCUUAAUUACAUCAAUGAAGCUCUUUAAAGUUUGGGGAGAAAAUCUUCAGUUUCUAACACUAAAACUUAGAAAGAAAAAAGAGAACAAUGACAAGAAACGCGAGAAGCCGGUGGUGGGUUAAAGAGAAGAAGAAGAUGAUGGCUUUGGUGUUCAUAACAAUAACAAUGAUGCUCCAAUUCCAGAUAAAAGCAUGUGUGGAAACUGAACGAAUGGGUCUGUUACAACUCAAGUCAUAUCUCGAGAAUCUUAUCAUCAAUGCGGGAGAAGAAGACGAAGGGACUCCUAUUUAUCCCGAAGAAGAAAGCAUUCUCAAAUCAUGGAGUCAUCGUAAGAGUGACUGCUGCCGUUGGGAGAGCGUAAAGUGCAGUGACGCUAUUGGUGGUGGUCACAUCGUCGUCCUCUCCCUGAAUGAAAUCAUGCCAUACACAGAUUUGGACAGGCCAUUGAAUUUGUCUUUGCUCCAUAGCUUCCCUCAACUUCAAACCCUUGAAUUUUCAGGGAAUGGGUUCAAUUACUUGUUUGACCUCAUCCAUGGUCAUAAGAGCCUUGAUAGACUGGAGAAGCUGAGGACCUUGGAUUUCUAUAAAAAUCGUCUCAACAAUAGUGCUAUCCCUUUUCUAAGUGCAGCGAGGUCGCUCAGGACUCUAGUUCUUAGUGACAAUUUACUUGAAGGUGUACUCUUUCCUCCGAAUGCUGGUUUAAUCAACUUCAGGGAGUUGGAAGUAUUGGACUUAAGUAGCAAUAAUAUAAACGACUUCCAGGCUGGUGACGGGUUAAGAACGAUAAAGCUGAAAACAUUAGAUCUUAGCGACAAUGAUUUCUCAGACACUGCCCGACUUAAAGGUUUGGAACAUCUUGUGGAGUUAAAUGUCUUGAUAUUGGCAGACAAUCAGUUGAACCUUACUCGAUCUAUUGAAGUACUCAAAGAUAUGCCAAAGUUGCAAGAACUGGAUCUAAGUGGCAAUGAAUUCACCGACUUAGACAGCCUAGGUGUAGUGUUUCCUUUAUCCUUACAAGUAUUGAAUCUUAGAAGCAAUCAAUUGUCUUUGACCCUCAAAGGCAACUCAAAGCUUUGCAAACUAAUGUAUCUCCGAGAGAUGGAUUUAAGCAGAAAUGCUUUGACAAGUCUGCCUUAUUGUCUGAGUAACCUAACUCGUCUUCGAACUCUUGAGCUAUCUGACAACCAAUUGAACGGAAACCUGUCUUCUUUUGUGUUUGGUCUACCAUCAGCACUUGAGUACUUAUCGCUUCUUGGUAAUAACUUCAAUGGUUCAUUCUGGUUCAAUUCACUGGCCAAUCAAACAAGGCUCACAGUAUUCAGAUUGUCAUCAAAAGUUGGUAUGAUCCAAGCUCAGAGUGAGAGCUCGUGGGUUCCUCUGUUUCAAUUAAAGAUGCUAAUGUUACAUAAUGUCAUUAUUGGCAACAAAAUUCCUGAGUUUCUUGUUCAUCAGCAUGAAGUGUGCUACAUUGAUAUAUCUUAUAGCCAGUUGACAGGAGCAUUUCCGACUUGGAUUGUGCAGAAUAACACAAGGCUGCAGAUACUUUUACUUAAUAACAAUUUGUUGACAGAGCUUCAACUACCUAGGCUUGUUCAUGGCUUGCAAGUUCUGGAUAUCUCGAGUAACAGGAUAUACGAUUCAUUUCCACAAGACAUAGGGGUUGUCUUCCCACACCUGAGGUAUAUGAAAUUGGCUUCAAAUCAUUUACAUGGAACCAUUCCAUCUUCCAUUGGGGAGAUGAAAAGUCUAGAAUUCUUGGAUGUGUCUUCUAACGGUCUAUUUGGGCACCUACCUAAAACAUUUUUAAGUGCUUGCCACUCGCUCAAGGUUCUGAAGCUGUCUAACAACCAAUUCCAGGGGGGAAUAUUUCCGGAGCAUGCAAAUCUUACUGAUUUAGCUUGGCUACUUGUUGAUGGCAACAAUUUUACUGGUGGUCUUGGAAAUGGUCUGUUGAACUCCAAGAAUCUAGCUCUUUUAGACAUAUCAGAUAAUGGCUUUUCAGGCACGCUUCCACUUUGGUUUGGUAGAAUGUCAAGCCUUUGGUAUCUGUACAUGAAGGGAAAUCAGCUGAAAGGUCCUUUCCCUCGUCAGCUACAAAAUCUACAGCUUAAUGUUUUAGACAUUUCAGAUAAUAGCUUCUCCGGUUCCAUUCCAGGGAAUGUUGAUUUUCCAUCUCUCAGAGAAUUGAGAAUUCACAACAACGAGUUUGUUGGAUCAAUUCCAGACACUUUAUUCAAGGCUGCCGGAUUAAAGGUGCUUGAUUUGAGGAACAACAAUUUUUCUGGAAAGAUUCUCAACACUAUUGGCAACAGAUCGUCUAGUAGUUUACGUGUUCUUCUUCUGCGGAAUAAUAGCUUCCAAAGUCAUAUCCCUGAGGAAAUAUGUCAGCUGAGUCAAGUUGGUCUCCUGGACUUGUCUCACAAUGAAUUCAAAGGUGAUAUACCAUCAUGUUUGGGUAACAUGUCUUUUGGUGGAGUAAGAUACGACAGUUUUGGUUUUACAACGUUUUACUCAGUAAAGGUUCCAUUCUUGCAAAAUUGGGCUUAUACAUCAGUUCUGAACCUCGAUGACGGUGUCAGCAAUGGUUAUCAACUGAAACCAGAAACCAUAGUGGAUUUUCUAACGAAAAGAAGAUAUGAAGCAUAUCAAGGUGAUAUUCUGCGUUACAUGUAUGGGUUGGAUUUGUCAAGCAACCAAUUAUCUGGCAAGAUUCCAGUUGAGAUUGGAGAUCUUGUGAACAUCAGAUCCCUGAAUUUGUCAAGCAACCACCUCACAGGCUCCAUACCAGAUAGCAUUUCAAAGCUCAAAGACUUAGAGAGUCUUGAUCUAUCAAACAACAAGCUAGAUGGAAACAUUCCUCCUCAGCUAACCGACCUCAGCGGUUUAGGAUACUUUAAUGUCUCAUGCAACAAUUUAUCAGGUGAAAUCCCUUUCAAAGGCCAUCUUGUAACUUUUGACAAAAGGAGUUACAUAGGAAACGCUCAUCUCUGUGGUCUUCCUACCAAUAAAAGUUGCAACCCCACGAGUGCCCCAGAGCCGAGUGCAUCAAAGCAGGCCAAAGAGGAAGAGAAAGAAGGUGAUGAUGUGAUAGACAUGGUGUGGUUUUAUUGGACUUGUGUUGCAGUCUACAUCUCCACAUCCUUGGCCUUGUCAGCGUUUCUCUGCAUCGACUCACGCUGGUCCCGUGAAUGGUUUUAUCGGGUCGAUCUCUUUGUUCAUCAUCUUCAACGCUUUAAGGGUCGUUUCGUCUUCAACUGAUUCCGUGGGUCAGCAACAAGACACACUACUACCAUAUACUACUCUUUGUUCAAAAAAUUCCAUGUGUGAUGUGAUUCGUGUUGUAUCAUGUUUGAAUAAAUAAUCAUGUGAUCAUCGUCAUGUUUUUAUGUAAAUCCACAGAGAUGUGAAGACAUUACAGAUAAAACAGAAUCAAAUCAAGCAAGUUAUGCAUCCCAUGACAA